AUGCAUUUGUCCAGUGUUUGUCUCGUCCUCAGUGGGCUUCUCCUUACCAACGCUGCCCCAGCCCCUGUCCCUGAAAAUGGGCUCGAGAAGAGGCAGUCCCUGAGCAGCGUCCUGAGCGCCCUCAGUGGCCUGACCGAACCUACGGCCAUCUUGUCUCAGCUCGAGGCGGUUGAAGCGACAUCGACGCCCACCAGCGUCGAGCAGGCGCAGGAGCAGCUCGAGGCCAUCUACGGGACGACACCAACCAACAUCUUCGAGAACAUCGCGCAGCAAAUCGCCGACGGACUGUCGACGCUGACCAUCGUCCAAGCCCUCGGCUUCUCCCCCAGCGGCGAGAACUCGGAAACCAACAGCAACACGCGCGAACCGUCGACGACCAUCUACCCCAAGAAGUCGUCCUCGGAUGCCCCCUAUUCCAUCACUGAGGAAGAGCUCCGCCAAGCCAUCUACAUCCCCUCCGACUUCACGUACGGCGACAAGCCGCCGGUCAUCUUCGUGCCGGGCACGGGCUCGUACGGCGGCAUCAGCUUCGGAUCGAACCUGCGCAAGCUGCUGACGGGCGUGUCGUACGCGGACCCGGUCUGGCUCAACGUGCCGGACGCGCUGCUGCGCGACGCGCAGACGAACGGCGAGUUCGUGGCGUACGCCAUCAACUACAUCUCGGGCAUAUCCGGCGACGCCAACGUGUCGGUCGUCUCGUGGUCGCAGGGCGGGCUGGACACGCAGUGGGCUUUUACUUAUUGGCCGUCGACGCGCGCCCUGGUCUCCGACUUCGUGCCCGUCAGCCCGGACUUCCACGGCACCGUCCUGGCCAACGUCAUCUGCCUCAACCCGGGCGCCGGCGGUGUUGGGUUGGGCCCCUGCGCGCCGGCGGUGCUGCAGCAGGAGUACAACAGCAACUUCGUCACGGCCCUGCGCGCGGCGGGCGGUGCGGACGCUUACGUGCCGACGACGUCUGUUUUCUCUGGCUUCCUCGAUGAGAUUGUCCAGCCGCAGUCCGGCACCGGCGCGUCCGCGUACAUCAAUGAUGCUAGGGGUGUGGGCACGACCAAUGCUGAGGUGCAGGUCGUGUGCAAGGGCAAGGGUCCCGCUGGCGGUUUUUACACGCACGAGAGCUUGCUGGUCAACCCGCUGACCUAUGCUCUCCUCGUCGAUGCCUUGACCCAUGAUGGCCCGGGUAGUGUGGACAGGCUGGAUCUGGAUACCGUGUGCUCGACCGUCGUGGCGCCCGGCCUGGGGCUGGAUGCGUUGUUGGAGAUUGAGGGCGUGAAUGUUCUGGCCGCUGUCAAUCUGUUGACCUACUCGGACAGGAGGUUGGCCGAGCCGGCGCUGAUGUCUUAUGCGGCUUAA